AUGGCCGACAAUAUACCUGCCGAGCUGGUCGAAUCCAAGAACCGAGAUUCCAUCACAGACGUCAGGUCGGAGAGAAAGGUUCAGUCACCAGUACAGCCUCAGAAAGAGCCAGAAGAGAAGCCGCAGCUCGAUGUCCCACCCGACGGAGGAUACGGUUGGGUCUGUGUUGCGUGCGUCUUUUGGAUCAACGCGCACACCUGGGGAAUCAACAGUAGCUAUGGCGUCUUUCUCAGUCAUUACCUCUCACACAAUGUCUUUCCGAAUACAUCGGCUCUCUCAUACGCGUUCACCGGGGGUCUAAGUAUCUCGUGUGCCCUGCUCGUCGCUCCGCUCGCCACAUAUCUCAUCCAGACAUUUGGCACUCGCCUCGUCAUUAACCUCGGGAUCUUUUUCGAAACCCUCUCGCUCAUCGGCUCUUCCUUUGCGACGCAAAAGUGGCACAUCUUUCUCAGCCAAGGCGUCUGUUUCGGCUGGGGCAUGGGCUUCCUCUUCGUCGGCAGCGUGGGAAUCACGCCGCAGUGGUUUCUGAAGCGGCGUAGCUUCGCCAUGAGCAUCACCGCCGCCGGGUCGGGAUUCGGUGGCUUGAUGUAUUCGCUGGCCGUCGGAGCCAUCAUCCCUCGAUUGGGGUUGAGCUGGGCCUUUCGCAUUUUAGGGAUUAUUUCCUGCGUGGUCAAUCUCGUGUGCGGGAAUUUGCUUCGAGAUCGAAACAAAUUGAUUGGAAGUCGGUUAGUAGCGUUUCACAUGCCGCUGCUGCGACGGCCGGAAUUUGUCCUCUUUCUUGCCUGGGGUGUCUUCAGCAUGUUGGGCUAUGUCGCCCUCCUGUUCAGUGUAGCCAAUUUCGCCCUCUCCGUCGGACUUUCUUCAUAUCAGGGAAGUAUCGUGUCUGCUGUCCUCAAUCUAGGCCAGGGGCUGGGACGUCCCGUCGUCGGGAUAUUCAGCGAUCGUCUGGGUCGAAUCAACAUCGCCACCAUCCUGACUUUUGUCUGCGGCCUGUUUUGUCUGGUCAUCUGGGUCUUUGCAGACAGCAUGGGCGUGGUCUGCUUCUUCGCCGUGCUGGUAGGGACCGUGGCAGGCACAUACUGGGCCACGGUGUCGCCGGUCUUGGCCGAGAUCAUCGGUCUCAAGGACCUUCCCUCCGGUCUGAGCAUCACUUGGUUGAUGCUGGUCGCCCCGUGUACCGUCUCUGAAGCGAUUGCGCUGGAGCUUCGGACCAGCCAAAGGGGAGGCGGAGUCUCGUAUCUGCGCGUUCAGAUCUUUACCGGGUUCAUGUAUAUUGGCGCGGCUAUUUGUCUGUGGCUCGUCCGUGGAUGGAAAGUCGGCGAGCUAGAGUGCGCUCAAAGGCAGGAGCAAAAUCGACAAGAAUCUCUGAACCGAGUGCCUCUUGUGUUGGUAGGUCCAACCGAUACAAGCGCGGAGAAAGAGGACCGGUCUGCAAUUGCCUCUACGACCGGCUCAGAGGAUACCAUGUCGAAGCAGAACUGGGCGCCUGCAAAGCUCAUGCAAAGAAUGAUCGCGUUGAAACGCGUAUGA